GGAAAGGGGUUUUUCAACUGAGCAAAAAAAAAAAAAAGUCGUCUACCAAGCAACGCUUCCAUUGAACAUCUCUUAACAGAACGCACAUCUUUGUUUAUUCUUAACCAUGUACAAUGCUCAAAAUAACGGCUCAAAUUCAGGGAUUCCUCCGGAAUUGCAGUCCAUGAUUAUGAAUUAUUCAGGCCAGCCAUCUGUUGCUGAUCCACAGCAACAACAGCAAAACCUAUAUCUGCAUGCAAUGCUAUUACAGCGACAACAGCAGCAACAGCAACAACAACUACAGCAGCAGCAAGCGGGAUCGGCAUCGCCGUACGAUUCACCGCAAAUGCAGAUGCAACGCGCAAAGAGCGGAGCAUCCGAAACAUAUGGCUCAGCAUCCUCAUCGCCAAGUAUGCACAACAUGCCACAACAACAAAGAUUUGGGUCACCUUUGGCCAAUCAAGCUAUGACCAGUCCACAACAAGCAAAAGCACAGAAAGAAGAGCAAGCACGGCGGCAAUCGGCAGGCACUCCUAGACAACCGUCUGUCAGUCUUACAGAGUCUCCUGCUGCAAACGAUACUGCUCUUAACGCAAAACGAGUCUCCGCAAUUUUGGCCUUGAAUCAAGAAUUGUUUCGUGCAUGUGUAGAACUAUCUCAAGACCCUAAUGCACAACCCACCGAAUUAUCAUUAUACCAGGCACGAUUACAGUCCAAUCUAACAUAUUUAGCUACUAUGGCCGAUAUCUCUGUUAAACCUGCUGAGAAUAAAAAUCCAGUCCCCCCAUCACUCAGUCCACUUCCACCAGCAAGAACGCAAACAAUGCAUAACGUCUUGUCGCUUGCUCAAGCGGCACAGUCAUUGUUCGAAGGCGUGAAUAGCUCUGAAGGCACACCAGAUCCAAGUCGUUCACCUUUGAAUCAGAUGCAGAUGGCACAACAACAGGCAAGACAGCAACAGCAACAGCAAUCACAACCUCAACCACAGCAACAACUGCAGCAACAGCAACCUCGACCUCAGCAGCGACAAAUGUCAUUAGGUCAGAUGACGCCAUUACAACAGCAACAGUUUUUGAAAAUGAACGGUGGAAAUAUGUACAAUGGCGCAGCCGUCAAUCAACCGAAUAUGCUGCGACAAUUGCAGCAGCAGCAGCAGCAGCAACAACAGCAACAACAGCAACAACAACAACAGCAGCAACAGCAGCAGCAACAACAACAAAAUUAUAUGAAACAACAAAACUAUUUACAAAAUAUGGGUAUGUCAAUGUCUCCAGGAAACAAUACACCAAAUAUGGCCUCACAAGCUGAAGCAUCCUUGUCACCAACCGCAUUAUCUAAUAGUGGGUCCCCCAUGACUAGCCAGGCUAACGUGUACGGAUCAGAUAUGAUGGGAGCGAAUGGUAUGAUUAAUCCUAUGAUGCUUAUGGGUAAUCAGAAUGGCAUGAAUAUGGCUGGAGCAGAAGGCGGAACUGAUCUUGCCAACUACCAAGCUAUGAUGAUGAUGAUGUUGCAGCAACAGCAACAACAGCGGUCGUUCAAUGGCGACGGAGGGAACCCAAUGUAAAAGCGUUAAAUAAAGCGUCCAUGGAAUCCACUUUUUUCUAAAGAACAAACAGAAAGAG